AACUUUAUUUCUUGAUGAUUACAAAAAUUAGAUCACAAUCCUGUCCUUUGUAACAAUGGCUCCAUGGAUACGACAAAGGUAAGGCUACCCAAUCAGCACACUCCAUACAGGUGUCUCAUUUGCAUGUUAUUGUCUAUAAGUGACUUUGCCUGGCAAAAGCCUGGUGACAUUUCAAGCAGGAGCUUCAAGAGAAAAGAACAAUGGCUGCCAGACAGCAAGGCAAAAGGAAAGCCAGAGAUGCAAAGAGAAAGAAAAUCCAAAAGAAGCACCAACUAGCUAAGCGAAAGCAGAAGAAACUGCAGCCUAGGAAAAAGAAGAAGCACCAGGCUCGUCCUAAGCGUCGGGUCAAGCAAUCCUCUGCCGCCAAGCCAGUGGACAGUGGUCCAGAGAGGAUCUGCUCCCCAAGGUUCUUUGCCGCCAAGGUUCUUCGGCAAAUGCCCAAGGUGCGGAUGGAGGCCAAGGCCAGGAGCCUGAUGAAGACUUUGCUGACUGAUGUCUAUGACCACGUGGCCACAGAAGUGGAGAACUUGAGCCAGAAGAACGAGCUGUCCAACAUCAGCGGCACAGAUGUGCAAGCUGCCUUGAAGGAAGCCAUGACGAAGGAAUUGGCCAAGCACUCGGCCGAGUCCACCAGCACUGAAUGUGCUUAGAGAAGCAUCCUCCCUUCUCCCCUCCCAGGGAGCCAAAGGGAGAAGACCAAAGAUCUUAAAAAAUACCCUAGAGACUUUAAAAUAUUUUGCUGCCCUUAGGAAAUCCACUCAAUCCUGUAACCUAUCACUGUCUAAGAUGCCCAUCUUCAGCCAUCUUCAUAGACAACACAAAUGCCACAUUUAUGGUGAUGCCAGCAAAUUCUCCCCAUUGUUGAAUGGAAUCCACUGAGCAGAGAGACCAUUGCUCUGGACAAACACACGUGGAAGAUGUUCGUGAGGGGGCUUCCAACAGAGAAACGAAAUGUAGUAUUGCUUUUCUGGUCAACAGGAUUUGAGUGGCUUUAUUCAUGUCUUCCAAUAAAUCGGGCUUUUAGCAGCUUGAAUUCAUUGUGUUUGUUUUUUCUUCCUUAAUUACUGGAAAUCUAUACUUAUGCUGAAAGGUAAAGAUGACUGCUGAUUGAUCAGAAAUAGGAGCAAGACGACUAACAUUUAAUUAAAAAUAAAAGCCUGUUUCAAGGGGUCCUCAACUCCUAGGGACGGCAUGGACGCAUUCGCUUGGUCUGUUUGACGACUUCUUUGACGUCCUCAUACUGAGGCAUAAACGUACAAUUUUAAAAUAGGAAAUGAGAAUAGGAAAUAUAGGAGAGGUAUGAAAUGGGAAUCAUAAAUGCAAGUCUUAAAAUACUUUCAACGUGUAAUAUUGAGAACAUUUUCUUUUGAAACUUAUUUGGAAUUCGGUUUUUUUC